AUGGCCAGGGGUGGGUGAGCGAUCCCCCCACCCGCAGAAGAUCCCUUGCUCUCUCUGCGUGCGUGUGUAUGUCUCGUUGACAUAAAGCUGGACAUGAAAGCAGACGUAAUAAAAAGGAGUUCGUGUGUAUUUAUUUCCCCACAUACCACUAUAAAAAUAAAUAAAUAAUAAAAAUUUAAAAAAACCUUACAAGUCGCCAAGAGCUACGUUCUUGUCAAGUUGGAGACUCCAGUUUGUCUUAUUGUAAAAUUAAAGUGCAAUGUUUGUUCACUACCCCCUCUAACAUGCUACAUGCUUUUUUAAAAAAAAAUUAUUUAUUAAUUUAUUCUAUGUUAUUUUUUGUAUUUACUUUAUCCUAAUCUACUUUAUUUAUUUUUUAAAUGCUUUUUCAGUAAUGCUUUAAUUCGGCCUUACCUAACUGAUUGUAAUCAUAUUAAAUAUAUUCCACAGCUUCCGGACUCAGGGGCUGGGAGAGGAAGAGGAGAGCACAUAAUCUCCAAUUCAGAACCGUUUUAUUAGAUGGAUUGAUUACAGAAUCUUUCAUGCUGCUGGACAGACCUCCUACGGACAGAGGACGACGACGACAAGCUCUGGCUCGCAACCGAGAACAAGUUAAAAUCCUGCUACAAGCCAGCAGAACAGUGUUGCAUAAUCUUUCCUCCGAUGCAAAGGUGAUUGUGAAAUGAUUCAUGUAUGAUUUGUCUCUUAUAACUCAGUAAAGAAUGGAAGACCAACAAGCUAGAGUUGAAUCAUCUCAAUCAGAUUAUUCCCAACAAAUUUCUAAUUCCAUCCAAACUCUGCAAACACUUGCAUUAGCAUUGAAUACUGGGGGAAAUGACUUUUCACAGAGCCCUGCUCUUAGCCCUGCUAGAUCACCAAUCUCUGAUAUUUUAAACGCAUCUGAAGUCUCAGACUAUUUAAGACAAAUUAAUGAUGCAGUCCGCGGUUUAAAUGACUACAUAUCUCCGCAAAACUCACCGGCUGCCUCAUCUGUGUUGGAUGAAACUUUUCAAAAUACAGAAUCUCAAUCAGAUUAUUCCCAACAAAUUAUUAAUUCCAUCCAGAUUCUACAAACAAUCGCUUCAGCUUUGAAUACCGGGGAAAAUAACUUUUCACAGAGCCCUGCUCUUAGCCCUGCUAGAUCACCAAUCUCUGAUAUUUUAAACGCAUCUGAAGUCUCAGACUAUUUCAGACAAAUUAACGAUGCAGUCCGUGGUUUAAAUGACUACAUAUCUCCGCAAAACUCACCCGUUGGUUCACCGGCUACUUCGUCUAGCAUUUCAUUAGAUGAAGGUUUUCAAAAUACAGAAUGUGUGUUACCAUCUGAAACAGUUUCUGCAGCAAAUGAUCAAGCACGGCAGCAACAGCAGCGAGGAGGUAAUCUAGAUCAAAAUCAGAGAAUUGAACGUCAGCGUUUCAAUAACAUUGAAAUAAGGAGAUCGUUAUCAAUCGGGCCUCCAACCCAAGCUGUACCUGACAUUGCUGAAUUCUACACCGCAGUUAUGAAUGUUUUAACUGAUCUGGCAAAUGAUGCAAGAUCAAUAGCUGAACGUAAUGACUUUGUACAGUUAGAAUUAGUGUGGGGUGAUAUUUCUCAUCACAUAAAUAUCUCUGUUACUGAUAACGACGCAAUCCUGCCUGCAUUUGAAGAAUUUUUAGAUGAGCUCGUUCAAUCUAAUGCAGAGCUGCCCUCAGAAAGUAAUUUGGAGCUGAUUCUUCAGAUAGUUAAGAAUCCUACAGGAGAUAUUAACAAUCAAACAGGGAUCUGCACCCAUGAGGACGAUGCUCGAUCUCUGACAGGUGUUUGGGAUAAGAUUCUCUACAUAGACACAGACAGCCUGAUCUAUGUGGUAAAAGAUGGUGAGAGUCCUCUAGAACUGGGAAAUUAUCUCGGUGAUUUAACCGACGAAUUAGGAGGUGACACCAUUCAGGAAUUUGUAGCAGCGGGGCCUAAAAGUUAUGCUUACCAAACCAAAAAUCAAAAGAACGUGGUGAUCCGGGUGAAAGGCAUCACUCAAACUUAUGAGUGCAGCGAGAGAGUCAAUUUUGACAGCAUCAGAGAGCUGGUGGGAGGAAUUAAGGAGCACCCUCUCACAGAAAAAUAUAUCAGCAUGGAGUGCCCCCAACAGGUGCACUUCUCUGGAUUCAGCGGUGAAUGA